AUGUGUACCGAGGUCCAGACCCUUCACCAUGAAUGCCAACACCGCCAAUACCAAAACACGUACCACUGCCACAUCGCGCGCCGCUGUGACGAGAAGGACGAGAUGAUACUGAUCCAGCCCACCCUAUUGCCCACCCCCCCUUCCAAGAUUCCGCCUGGAUUGCUUUCCUGCAAGCGGCGCGUCGCCACGCGUCCCACCCAGGGCUUGUGUCUGGAGUGCAAGAGGAAGCGACUCGCGGGAAUCCCUGUCAGUAUCGCUAGCAGCAGCAGUGCCAGCGGUAACGCCGAGGACAAGUCGAGCCACAAGAGCGCAGGUUCGUUGUCCAGCAUGCCUUCGAUUCCUGAAGAGGAAAGGGCGGGGAUUCAGUUGGAUCAGUUGAAUGAAGUGCUGAUUCUUGGGAUUAAAGGGAGACAAGUGCCAGUCGCGAUUGCGGAUGCCAGAGAUUGCAGCCCGUCGCCCGAUAGAGAGGCUGUCAAGCAGGUGCGGAACAGUUUGUUACGCAUGUCGCAGCUGUAUGAGACGUCGCCUCAGGGCAUGGAGAAAAUUAAGAAGCUGAAGAAGGAGAGCGAGGAGGAUGAAAAGGGGGGUGGAUAUAUUGGGCAGCGAGACGACCAAAUUGAAUAA